UUUCAGUCAGAAGCUGGGAAGAAACUGCCAUUCAUAUUGGUCAUUAAUUUAGAGGUUCCAGCAAAUCCAAACUACAGUUUGGUUCUCUACUAUGGUGCUGAUCGGCCUGUAAGAAAAGAAUCUUUAUUGGGUAGAUUUGUUGAUGGGACUGACAUAUUCAGGAAUGCAAGACUAAAACUUAUUCCAAGUAUCGUAGAGGGAUACUGGAUGGUCAAGCGUGCUGUUGGAACAAAAGCUUGCCUGUUGGGGAAAGCAGUCACAUGCAAAUACCUCAGACAAGAUAACUUUCUGGAGAUUGAUGUGGAUAUCGGCUCAUCAUCUGUUGCAAGGAGUAUCAUUGGCUUAGUCCUUGGAUACAUCACAAGCAUUGUAGUUGAUCUUGCAAUUUUAAUCGAGGCCAAGAAAGAGGAUGAGCUGCCUGAGUACAUUCUUGGUACAGUUCAAUUAAAUCGUGUGAGGCUUGAUUCUGCUGUACCUUUUGAGGUUUGAGGAACAUUUCCGUUGUCAUUGUUUCUGCUAUUCUAAACAUUGGCUAUAAAAUUUUUAUUUCAAAUAGGUACUAUUUUCUUUCUAUGAUUUUUGGCAAGCUUGUGAUGAAUGCCACUCAUGAUUAAUUGACCCAGCCAUGAAAUUCACUAGUAUUUGCAGAAGUACUGCUGCAUCAGUUCUACAUCAAAACUUCCCGCAUGCUGUAAUAGUGUAAAAAGAGACAUGGUGGUGAUUCAAUUUGGUGUUUCAACAAGCUUCUGUCAAAUAUCCCUCAUGAGUAACUGAGCAAAGUAAAAUUAUUACUUCCAUUCUUUCAUCCCAAUUAAUGCAUGAAGUUGUUCUUUAGCAGGAA